AUGAAUUCAGACUCAGAUAGCAGCAGAGCUUCUUCCCCGGACAUGGACGUUAUGUCACUCCGAGAACACCAUCCACACCACCACCACCACCUCCACCACCUUGUCGGAUCCUCCGUGUCCUCCUCCACCCAGAAGCUGAGCGCCAGCGACCUCCUGAGAUCCGAAGACCCGAAGUCAGUGGAGAGCAGCAGCAGCGGCGACAGCAGCAGCGGCGACAGCAACAAGUUCAAGCUAAAGAAACCAGUCACAGAAGAAGAUAUGUACCACCUGCGACUCAAGAUCAACGGCCGGGAGAGGAAGCGCAUGCACGACCUCAACCUGGCUAUGGACGGCCUGCGCGAGGUGAUGCCGUACGCGCACGGGCCCUCAGUGCGCAAGUUGUCCAAGAUCGCCACGCUGCUCCUCGCCCGGAACUACAUCCUGAUGCUCAACAGCUCCCUGGACGAGAUGAAGCGGCUGGUUGGGGAGAUUUACGGAGGGCACAACUCGGCUUUCCACUGCGGCUCCGUGGGUCACCCCGGGGGCCCGGGUGGGCACGCCGGUGGCCCCUUGGCUGCUGCCCACGCUGCUGCAGCCGCCGCCGCAGCCGCGCACCAGGUGCACCCUCUGCUCGGCGGCGCGCUGUCAACACCCACAUCCUCCUCGCUGUCCAGCGCGCUGCCGGGCCUCACGUCUAUCCGAGCCCCCCACCCCCUGAUGAAGGGCGUCCCGUCUGCUCCCCAGCCCCUGCAGCUGGGCCCCGGCUUCCAGCACUGGGCCGGGCUGCCGUGCCCCUGCACCAUCUGCCAGGUGCCCACUCCUCCACACAUGCCCAUCAGCUCAUCCAGCCUCAGCAGACUCUCAGUGGAGGGCAAGGACCUGAUGAAAUGA